GAUGAUGAUGAAUUGGUGGAAAAUAAAAAUGGUUGAAUUAAAAAGCAAGAAGUUGUUUUAAUGGCGAUGAAUGUUUGUUAAAGGAAACAAUAAUGAAGAAACAGAAUGUAAAUUAGACGUUGUGGCGGGAGAAAAAUCAAUGGGGUGGGGGGAGGGGAAGUUGUAACAAAAUGUUUGCAUAAUUAUCUCUUUACGACAACUCAUUUGUUGAAGAAACCAGGAAUCCCCUAAAUCUCUCUGUUAUCCGCUGGAAGAAAUUCAACAUCCAACACCAAGAACACAACGACGACCGGCAAUGUCAUCAAGGAGAAAUGGAACCUGCAAGUAGCUUAAUUGUUUCUCUAUCUUUCUCACAAACCAACCACCCCAUUCCCUUAGAAUUUCCCUUUUCACAAACCUCUCUCACAAUCUUUCUCUGCCUGCUUCUCGUUUUUUGAUUUUUAAGUUUCAGUUCCAGGAUCAUAAGGAGUUGAAUUGAUUAAUUGAAUCGAGUUCUUGUUAUUAUGGGCUGUUGCCAAUCAUCGUUACUUAAACUGAAAAAACCUUCAGCGGAUGUUAUUGGCCGAGGUGAACAUUCUCUAGACCGGAAGAAUCAUCACCAUCAGAAUGGAGUAGAUUCCUCGCCGGCUGAUGAAUUUGUGCCGCCGUUUCUGGAGUUUUCCUUCGCUGACCUCAAGGCGGCGACUAACAACUUCUCUAUUGAUCAUAUUGUAUCGGAAAGUAGUGAUAAAUCUCCUAAUGUCGUUUACAAAGGACGUCUUCAGAAAGAGAACAAUCAACGCUUUGUUGCGGUUAAAAAAUUUACCAAAGCUGCGUGGCCGGACCACCAACAGUUCGCUGAUGAAGCCUCUGGUGUGGGGAAAUUGAGAAACAAAAGACUCGCCAAUUUAAUCGGCUAUUGCUGCGAGGGCGAUGAAAGGCUGCUUGUUGCGGAGUAUAUGCCUAAUUGUACCCUUGCAAAGCAUUUGUUCCACUGGGAGAAACAAACCAUUGAGUGGGCAAUGCGUUUAAGAGUUGCUCUAUACAUUGCUGAAGCGUUAGAAUAUUGUAGUCAGGCAGAACGUCCAUUAUACCACGACUUGAAUGCAGUUAGGGUUCUAUUUGAUGAGAAUGGUGAUCCACGACUUUCAUGUUUUGGAUUGAUGAAAAACAGCAUGGAUGGGAAAAGUUACAGCACUAAUUUGGCUUAUACACCUCCAGAGUACCUAAGAGAUGGAACUGUAAUUGCUGAAAGCGUUAUUUAUAGCUUUGGGACAAUCCUUUUAGACCUUCUUAGUGGAAAGCAUGUCCCACCAAAUCAAGCACUUGAUAUGAUAGGAGGUAAAAACAUUACGUUGUUGAUGGAUUCACACUUAGACGGUAAAUUUUCAACUGAAGAGGCAACAUUAGUAUUUGAGCUUUCUUCACAGUGCUUGCAAUAUGAACCUCGGGAUCGACCAAGCAUUAAAGAACUUGUUGCAGCACUCGUUCCCCUGCAAAAUAAAUCUGAUACUCCAUCAUAUGAAAUGUUGGGUAUCCCAAAACGUGAGGAAAUACCAUUGGCACCACAAGAGCCUCUCUCUCCAAUGGGGGAUGCUUGUUCACGAGUCGACCUUACAGCCAUUCAUCAACUUUUGCUCGUGUCGCACUAUAAAGACGAUGAUGGAUCCUGCGAACUUUCCUUCCAAGAAUGGACACAACAGAUAAGAGAUAUGUUAGAGGCACGCAAGCGAGGCGACAUGGCAUUUCGGGACAAAGAUUUCAAAGGAGCCAUCGACGGAUAUACUACGUUCAUUGAUGUGGGCAACAUACUUUCCCCAACAGUCUACGCACGAAGAAGUAUUUGCUAUAUGCUGUGCGAUAAACCGGAUGCUGCACUUAGAGAUGCUAUGCAAGCACAAUUGGUUCACCCUGAAUGGCCAAUCGCAUUUUACUUGCAAGCCGUUGCUCUUGUUAAGCUUGGAAUGCAUAAAGAUGCAGCUGAUAUGUUGAAAGAAGCAUCAACAUUAGAGAAGAAAAGGCAUAGAGGUGGCAGGGGGUAUUGAGAAUUCACUUCUCACAAAUUCUUUGGUGUAUUCUUUUUUUUUUUUUUUUCUCUCUUCUUCUAAGUUGUAACAAAUCAGCUGGGGUUGAUGUCAGGCAAAACGACAUACCAUGGGAUCUGUAAGAUAUCAAUCAAGUAGUAUGUAAUUUUGUGAAAACAAGUGAAAGUGAUUAGUUGAUUCAUCUGUAUAUUUAACAUUUAUAAUACAAUUCCGUGUUGAUAUGUCUCUAUGCAA